ACUAACACUAUGAAGUUCGAUGUAAUGUACGAUAGAAUCGAACAGAUAAGUGGACAGGACUAUGCCGAUUAUAGUCAUCUACGGGUUCGCAAAUUCAAUCGAACGGUUGCUGUUCUGGAUGGAUCUUUUGAUGUUCAUCAGCCUUUGGAUAAUAACUUCAAAGUAAGCCUUACAACAGCUUACAGCAGCCUUGGAAAUAACCAGUUCAUUCAGUACCCAAUGAGGUUAGCCUCGCAAAGAAUGUGCGACUUCUUGAAUACAACCUGGACAGACUAUCAUGCCUUCUAUCAGAAUAAUACUGACUUUCCACAGCCCGGCGAAUGUCCAAUCGCUCCCAAGCAGUACCUUAUUGAGAAUCACAUAAUGGAUUCAAGAAUGUUUUCACCCUACAUGCCAAGAGGGUUUUGGAAACUACAGAUAUCCCUGACAAAGGGAAACGUGUUGGACGAAAUUACAGUGUUUCAGUUGAAUGUUUACGUCAAAGUUGAGCCCAAAGGAACGUUUUAUUAAGUUCGUUACUAUAACCAAAUAAAACUGUAUAGUUAUCUCUAAAAGAUACUGCACCAA